AUGCAUAGAUUGGCGACAUUUUGUAUUCGCGAACCAAGGCUAUUAAUUUCGCCGUGCGAAAUGUAAUUAUGUGUUAUACAAAGUCAAGUGAUUAACAGCUAAUUAUUUUAUAUCUCUACCGGCUACUAGAUUGUAUGCUGUAAGGAGAAACCGACGACGUUGAUUACUAACAAACCAGACGACCAAUUCACUUCAGUGACCUUGGUUGGCCCAGUCGUUGUCUAAAGCGCCGCGGUGAAGUAAACAGACAGUGAAAAGGCACAAUGGGUGCAGGCGACAGGGGACGGCGUGGCCAUCGGCAUCACCGUGCACAUCGGAAUAGGCAUCGUGCCCAUCAUGCUGCUGCACACCGUCGUCGUCGUCACCACCACCACCACAGAAGAGCUAAUCGACUUGGAUUCAUACACCGACCUGGACAUGUUGUAGCUGGCAGUGGAGCGUCAAAUGGCGGUGAUCAGGGUGGUGUAUCGGUAUCUAAUGUGUCUUGUCGUAUGUGUGCGCUUAUAAUGAUCAUUUCAGGAGCAAUGAUGUGCUUACCAGGGGCAGUAUUUACGGGAUUAAGCCUAUUCGGAACUGGGAUAGGGCCAGUAUUUUUGGGUCUGGGGUUUGUGUUGUUGAUUAGUGGUAUUGCGUUAUGUUAUUUCACAGUUGCUAGAGGAAAGAGACAACCAAACGUAGCAUAUGUUGGUGAGCAACCAGUGCAGCCAGUCGAGGUCGGUAUUGUACAACAACCCACUGUACACGCUGGAGUCUCUCCGAAUCAACCACCUGGUACAUACCCACCACAACCAUAUCUAUCACAGCCCACUGUACAGACUGGCUUCACUCCGAAUCAACCACCUGGUACAUACCCACCGCAACCAUAUCUAUCACAGCCCACUGUACAGGCUGGAGUCUCCCCGAAUCAACCACCUGGUACAUACCCACCACAAUCAUAUCUAUCACAACCCACUGUACAGGCUGGCAUCACUCCGAAUGAGACACAUGGUGCGUACCUACCACAACCAUACCCAGCACAUGUAGUCUAUUCUCCAAACCCACCACCUACUGGUGUAUAUCAGGGAAAUUACCCAGGGUAUCCUGUCACUGGUGCUUCCAUGCAACUGCCGGAUAGUAGUGCAUCACUAGAAGGCCAUGGACAAUCAUAUAACACUCAGUAUGGUGGCUUUGAUGGAGAAAGUGCAUCUGAAACUCAGGUAGCGGCAGAAGCACCACCGCCAAGCUACGAUGAAGUUGUCAAAAGAUAAGAUUUCUAUUACAACUCUCCUAUUGCUUCUACACCAACACUGAAUGCUCCAUUACAGAACUUUGUGG